AGUCGCACCAGAGAGUCAUUUGUGGAUCGUAAGCAUUAGAGGACGCAUUGAUUUACGGUAUAUAUACACACACCGCCGCAUUAUUCGUGUGUCCUGUGCGUUAAGCUCCUGACUGACGACGUUGCAGCUCGUGCCAUACAUUCCAGUUCCAGUUGAUACUGUGCAAGUACACAAAACCUAUAUAAUCGUGACUGCAGAGUGCAGACAAUUCAGUUUUGUGUGUGUUAGAUAAAAGAUCCAUCAUAAACAAGGCGAUGAGACGUUAGUCUGGCCUCGACGGACACAUUUAUUGACUCUCGUCGAAAAGGAUUUAUAACAGUUUUUUUGUAGUGCCUGGACUAGUGAUCGAGUUCUUUUUUGCGUGGGCAACUUAAUUAUCUUGAGCUAUUAAUUUGAUCCAAAAAAGUGAGGUUAUAAAAAUGGAUAUACGAGGUGUUGAAGUUACCAACCAAUUGAGAAGUGCCAUUCGAGCAAAACUACUUGAGCUUGAAGUACGUUAUGAUGAUGAAUUACCAGAUUAUAUAUUAGUAAUGGUUGUUAACAAAAAAACUAGAGAACAGAUGAACGAAGACUUGAGUUUGUUCUUGGAAAGUUCAACUGGACAAUUUGUGGAUUGGUUGCAUGAUCAAGUAUUGAAAAAAUUACAAAAAGUUACCGUCAGUAAAAAGAAAGAGAAAAAUAAUAAAGAUUCUGCAGUUGCACAAGUCAAAUCAGAAGCUGAUAAAGAAAAAGUCAAAUCUGAAAAAACUGAAAGUCCAUCAAAACCCAAAACAAAAGUUGAAAGAGAUGCGGAAUUUGAUGAGCUUGUUGGAGACUUAACUUUUUUGAGUGAAGCAGCUGAUAAAACGCAAUCAAAAGAAAAUAAUAAAGCUGAAAAUCAUUCAAGCCCAGAUAAGUCAAACAGCAAUUCAAAACAAUUGGAAAAACAAGAUGUUUCUAGUUCUACUGCUGUAACAAAUAAAUCUACAGAAGAAUCUUGUACUCCUCCUAGACCAGUAGAUGCCAGUAUUACUGCUUUAAUACCUGAAAAAAAUAAAAUCGAUUCUAGAAAAAGAACAAAAAAUUCAUCACAUUCAUCUAAUGAAGAAACAGAUGAUGAUAGCCCGGUUUCUAAACGCUCUAAAAAUUAUAGCAAUGUACCAGCCAAAGAUGAUGUUCGACUUAAAUCAGCAGUUAUUAAACCAAGAAUUACUUCUGUUGUUUCUGUUAAAUCUAGAGUUGAUUUAAACAAGAAGUAUUCUCCUGUUAAAUUUCAUUCUGAUAGUCAUAGCUCUUCAACAAGCAGAAAUCAUCAAGAGUCAAAACGCAAAGAACUCUUUAGUCAAACAAGUAAUCAAAAUGAUACAGUAGACAAAAAGAGACAUCACCAUAAAGAGUCAAAUUCAGUCUUGAACUCAUGUGAUGAUAAUAGUCGUAAUAAAUUUAAUAAGAGUGAUGAUGAACAAGAAAAGACAAGAUCAUCAACAAAUAGACCUAGUACAAUCAAAUCAAGAUUAGGUACUAUUAUUAAUCAUAGAAGAGAAAAAUCACCUGUGGUAAAAAGUUCAAUUUCCAGUAAAGUUAUUGAUAAUCGUCCUACAAGCAAUAUUAAAAGCCGCCUUGGAAAAAAAACAAAGGAUAGUAAAGUCAUUACAAGCAUAGAAUCAAGAUUAUUCAAACUUGCUCAAAACGAUACAUUUGAAGAGGAAGAUGUUAUUAGUAACAUUUCUGAAUCUGAGAAAAUGAAUUCUCUUCGAUCAAAUAUUAUUCCUCCAAAGUCAAGCACAUUAAAAAGUAAAAUGUAUACUGGAUCUGAAGAAGAUGAAUCUAUGUUUGAAGAAGAAGAUGAUGACCAAUGUAAAGUUCCAAGUAAAAUAAUAGUAACGCCAAGACCACUACAGCCCCUACAACCAUCUCAAAAAAGGGCAACUCAAUCAUUACUUUUUAAAGCUGUAGCUGAAGCUAAUAAAUCAGUAGUUUUGCGAAAACAACCAGAUCCUUGUCUUAAGGAAAAAAGAGUACUCAAAAAGUCCAAAAUAACUCGUGAAAGACGUGGAGGACAAAUUGUUUCAAUUAAUCUUAACAAAAAAAAACGUUCAGCAGCAGAUAAAAUUAAAGUUGAACUAAAAAAUAAAAAAAAAUUGAAAUCCACUAGAAGAAAUGAAUCUCCAGAUAGUCCUGAUGAAAGUUUAAGUUUAGUGAAAUCUUUAUUUAAAAGAAGUGACAAUAAACAAAAGUUUGUAGUUACAAUGAAUGGUUUAAACAAUAAUAGUCCUGACGAUAAACCUAUAGAAGAUGAACCAUGCAUUGAAUUACUAGAUGACGAUGAUGAUGAAGAUUGGACUUUUCCUUAUGUCCCAUGUGAGCAAUAUGACUUCAAUGACGAAAAUGAUGAAGUCAUCAUAGACUGCGAAAUUGACCGUCAAAAAUCAGGAUCAAAAGUAGAAACUGAAUCUAAGUCCAAGAAACAUAAGCAUAAAAAACGUUCUUAUACUCCUGAAAAGAAGUCCAAAGAUUCAAAAUUAACAAAUCGUGAUAAAAAGAGCUGUGAGAGAGAAGAUUCUUACAAAUAUCAUCAAUCAAGUCAGAGCAUACAAUCAGUUGAUGAUUCUAUUAAAGAACCCGAGUAUGCAAUCAAUACAAUUGAUACUACAGGGCAAACGAUGCACCAGCCUGCCACAAACGUCAUAAGCUAUGUAGAAACAAACACGAAUCCUAUUCUGCAGCAGUUUAUUGCUUCAAACCACACUAAUUACCUAAAUUAUUCAACUGCCGAAGAUCCUUAUUCAAGAAAAAGGAAAAAUGUUAGUCCAAUUGUUUUUAAUAGAUCACGCUCGAAAAGUCCAAAAAUUUCAAGACACCAUCCAUACAGUACUUUGUCUAGACCUCAAGCUGGUAAUUCUGUACCUGCCGGAUUACGACUUGAUAAACGACCAAUUGUUAGUUCAGUUAUAAAAACUGUAGCCACGACAAAAACCACUGAACAGUGCAGGUAUUGGCCAACUUGCACAUUGGGCUCAAAGUGUGCCUAUGUUCAUCCACCAGUAUUGUGCAGUUCUUUUCCCAACUGUAAGUUUGGUGAUAAGUGCUCUUAUAAGCAUCCAAACUGUAAAUUUGGCAUAGCUUGUACAAAACUGGGGUGCAAAUUUUCACAUCCACCAAAGCUUUGCAAGUAUCAUCCUUACUGUAUGAAACCAGGAUGUCCAUUUUCUCAUCCCAAAAAGAAGAUGAUCCCGAGUGGUCUGGCACCAACUCCAGAUUUAACAGAGAUGAGAGCCAAGUUUACUUGGACAAAAAAAGAUUAGUAUAGUUACUGUUGAAGUAAUUUACUUCGACAAAAAUUACGUUAAAAUUCGCGCAAUCGUUUAGGUAACAUACUGUUUUAAAUAUUCAAGCUUCUUUUUUAAAGCAAAGCUCACAAAUUUUCCAAAAAUACCUUGGAAUGUGUAUAAAAAUUAUUAGUUUUAAGUGUAUGUACAUUUGCGAGUGAUAUUAAAGGUAAAAUAAUUAUCUUUAAUAAAAAAAACAUUGAGAUUCAAUGUUGAAUUUAUAGUCUUUUUCUUUUGAUGAGAACUCUUAUAAAUGUAAUAAUGUAAAAUUAUGUCUGAUUUUAGCUAUUUAAAAAAUUAAAUGAAGAAAUUUUUCAUUAACUUCGUGAAGGAUAAUAAGAUUUAUUAUCUCAGUAACUAAUUGUACAGUAAAAUAUAACAGCGUAGAUGAAAAAUCACUGUUUUAUCUACAGGAUAGUUAAGUUCUAAUAUCAAAUAUUGUAACAGAAAAAAAUGUAAAGAAAAAUCGAUGAUCAUGAAUUGAUUAUUACAAAAAACCAUGCCUUAAAUAAUAGGCUUUGUAUGAUUCAUUAGCUCAUAAGUUUAGUAUGAUACUGUUCACGAUGUAUAAAAUGAUUUGAAUAAAAUUUCAUAAUCCUGUAAA